AUCGCGGUUCCGCGGUGCCCCUCGGCGCGGCCGGUCCCUCCGGGCUGGCGGAUCGCGGAUCGCGGUGCCCCUCGGCGCGGCCGGUCCCUGCGGGCUGGCGGAUCGCGGUUCCCGUCAGUGCUGCUGGGUCCUGGUGCCCCUCGGCGCGGCUGCUUGCCCGGGGCUGGCGGAUCCCGGUUUCCCCGGCGCCCCUCGGCGCGGCGGGUUCCCCCUCCCUUCCCCGGGCAGGCGGCGCAGCUGGGCGUCCCCGCGGCCGGCGGCUCCUGCCCCUGUGCGGGUGCGGGGUUGUGGCCGGUCCCCUGGGGCCGACCGGUCCCGGUCCCCAGUGACGCCGCUGCCCUGUGGGUCUCUUGCAGCCCGCGGCAGCAUGUGGCUCCUGGAGCGGCUUCGCGGCGUGGCGGAGAACGGCGGGUCCCGGGGCGCGGGGCCGGAGGACUCCCCGCGGGGCUCCCGCUACAGCAACGUGCUCACCCCCGACAAGAUCCCCGACUUCUUCAUCCCGCCCAAGCUGAGCGCGGCGCCCGCCGAGGGCCCCGAGCCCCCCGCGCCGCCCGCCCUGGGCGCCUCGGCCUCGGAGCAGGACCUGGCGGGGCGCAAGCCCCCCCGCAGCCCCCGGCCGCCCAGCCGCUCCCGCGCCCGCGCCGCCGGCCGCCACAUCAUCCAGAUCGAGAGCGCCGAGGACUGGGCGGCCGAGGGCGGCUUCGGCACCAACGCGGACCCGCAGGCGCAGACGGCCAUGUCGCUGCCCUACGUGCCCAAGGCGCAGACCUCCUAUGGCUUCGCCACGCUGGUGGAGAGCCCGCACACGCGCCGCAAAGAGUCCCUCUUCCACAGCGAGCACAGCAGCCUCUGCCCCUCGCCCGCCACCUCGCCGGGCGCCCAGCGCCGCGCCAAGCUCAACGGCGAGGGGGGGCCCCGGGCGCCCGCCGACCUGGGCGCAGCCCUCAUGCACCCCGGCCGCUACUUCAGCGGUGGCGAGAGCGACACGUGCUCCUCGGCCGAGUCGUCGCCCUUCAGCUCCCCGCUGCUCUCCCGCUCCGUCUCCCUGCUCAAGAUCUUCAGCCAGGAGAGCCAGUCCAAGGUCAUCAAGCUGAAGCACUCGGUGGCCCGCAACAGCUCGCUCUCCACCGACGACAGCUCGGCCGACACCAGCCCCAGCGCCCAGCGCCGCUCCCGCAGCGCCCCGGCGGGCGGCCAGCCGCCCCCGGCCCUGCUGCCCCUGGACCUGCCGCAGAGCCGCGACCGGGAGCACAGCCUGCGCCUCAGCCGCGGCGGGAGCCUGCGCCUGGCCGCCGACUACGACCCCGCCAACGCUCGGCUCCGCGUGCGGCUCGUCUCCGCCGAGGACCUCUACGACGCCCUGGUCGACCUGCGCAGCAUCAACUGCUGCGUCUCGCUGUGCCUCACCCCCGGCAAGCUGCAGAAGCAGCGCAGCACCAUCAUCAAGAACAGCCGCAACCCCGUCUUCAACGAGGACUUCUUCUUCGACGGGCUGGGCCCCGGCCACGCCAGGAAGAUGUCCCUCAAGCUCAAGGUGGUCAACAAGGGCAGCAGCCUUAAGCGGGACACGCUGCUGGGGGAGAAGGAGCUCCCGCUCACCGCCCUCCUGCCCUGCCUGUAGGCGCUUGGCAGGCCCCGGGGGGCUGCGGUGUGGGGGGCUGCGGUGCGGGCGGCCGGGCCAGCCGGGCCCCUCCGCCACGGGGGGGGGGGCGGGGUCCCCGGGAGCCCCCCGCCUCGGGGUGCUGCGAAGGGCUCUGCCCUGUCGCCCUCCCGCAGCUGCCCAGCGGCCGCAGCCUCCCCCGCUCCCUUCCUGGGGGCCGGAUCUCCCGGAGCCCGGCGGGCAGCCGCCGGCCCCGGCCCCGGGCAGGGAGGACGUCGCCGCUGGGCUCUCGCCUCCCCGCUCCCCAUGGGCUCCAGCUGGCCGGCAGGAAGGCUGCGGGUGGGUAGGUCUCUGUAGCAAACUUACCACCACCUCUCUCGAAGCCCACGCUCCCGGGGUCGGGUGACGGCAUCAACCUGCUUUAGCUCAAAAGAGAAGUUUCCAGCCCUGGAGACCGCUGAGAAAAUACUGCCGAGGUGACCGAGGGCGGGCACAGGUGCCGGAGCUCCUGGUAAGUGACCCCCAGGCAGGGACGAAGCAGGCUCCUGCUCUUCCAGAGCCUGUCCUGGCCCUGCCCAGCCCCGCUGUCUGCGCUGCGUGCGGCGUGUGCAGCCGGCUCCGUCCCGGGCCCUGCGGUCUCCCGGGAGCCGCUCCCGCCCCCGGAGCGGGGUCCCUCUUGCCGCUGCCUGCGCCUGGGAAACUGCCCAGCGGUUCCGGGGCCCUGGCGCUUGCUCAGAGCCGGGAGGCUGCUCGUUCCCCGGCCCCUGCUGGCGCCCGUCACCCUGGGCGUGCGGCAGACCCAGGCGUGGGUGCCCUGGCGGAUGCCCUCGCUGACGGGAGCCGAAGCGGCGGGAGCAGCUCUCUGCGGGUGCUGGUGACCCUGUGCCUGCGAGGGCUGAGCCUGCAGAGCACCUGGGCCAUCUCCGGGGUGUCCUCGAGGGGUGACGGACUGGGGCUGGCUGCCCCAGGCUCCCCUCCCCUGCAUCCGGGGGCCCUUCCCCACCCAGGGCUGCUCCGGAGCCUGCGAGCCUCUGCCCUGCUGGGGGGGAGACGUUGGCUGUGGGGAUGCCCGUGGUGGGGGGCUGUGAGCCCUUGUGCCCCGUGGGCCCGGCUGGGCUCUGCAGGCUCCCGCUGCCCCCGCUGCCCCUUCCCUGUCUCUCCCGUGCCAGCCCGGUCUGACCAGCUGGCAAACACGGAGAGGGGGGAAAACGCAGGCUGGAGACACUUCUGCAGGUGAUAAAACAGACACCUUGUUGUUGUCGUUUGGUGUGGUGUUACCUGUCGCAUCGGGCUCUGUGCAUGUUCCCGCGGGGGCAGAGCAGCGGCGCUCCGUCGUGCCCCGCUCCGGCACGCGUGCCCACCAGCACACGCGUGCCCCUCGUGCUAACCUCUCUUGGUGGCGGUUGAUGUUCCUUCCUUGUCCUUUGCAGCAGAUGGCAGAUUUCAGUGUUGGCUAUUUAUAUCUGAGGCUGAUCUUUCCCAGCGUGUCUUACUUCUGUCUGUAAAUAUGUUGCAGGUACGCGAGGCAUGGUUCGAUAGCGCGACGUUUGCAUGUCAGGGGGAUCCGGGGUGAUGGUGGCUGUUUGUCGAGCUUGCGGCUGAAAACAAGCCGUGCGGGGUGCGACGAGCAGGCGCUUCCUCGGGAGGAUUUCCCACCUGCUGCUUCCGCUGCUCCCCCCGAGGAGCAGGCGAGGGGGUCCCCCCCCCGCCGCCCCAGACCGGUCCCUUCGUGCCCGGACUCACCCUGGCCGGCGAGCGGGAAGGGGGAGACGGGCUGGGGGCAAACCUGCCCCCGGGCAAGGGGGCCCUGUGCAGCCCCUGGGGCUGGCGGGGACCCCCGGGUGCUGCGGGGGGUGAGGGGGUGGGACCCCCCGCUGCCCCGAGGGGAGGGGGUGGGGGUGCAGCAGCUGCGUGCAGGUUUCGGCACCCCGGGGCAGGUCGGGGCGACGCGGAGCUCUGCUGCAGGGAGGCUUCCCGGGGGCGGUGAUGCGCUGCGGUGGGCGGGAGGACGGAUGCGUCCUCAGCCGGGAGUGCGGCCUGGCUGGGCCUUUCCUCCCCCUCAACUCUUUUCUAAUGUUUCUGCUUUGAUAUUUCUGUGGCUGGAUUUAAUGACGUAUUUUUGGAGUGAAAAAAUAUAUAUUCAUGUUUGUUUACAGAUGACUUCUUUUUAGUGCAAUAAAGUCAUUUCUAAAACAGA